AUGAACAAAAAUUCAGGCCAAACCGCGAUUAUUCGAUUUCCACCCGUAUAUCAAUAUUUACAGUGUCAUUUCAGUAAAUUGGUCAUAACUCGAACACAAAACGCCAUUAGCCGUAACCCUUUUAUGCUUUUACUACGCACACCAGUGUCUACUUAUGCGCCAACUUCCUGUGGAACAGUUGCUGGAAGUUCGACUGGAUCAGCCGGCGGUACCGCAGCGCUACUCUCGGAUCCCUAUGGUGUGUAUGUGGACAGCGCUGGAAAUGUGUAUGUAGCAGACUACAACAAUAAUCGCAUUCAGAAAUGGGCUCCCGGUGCCACGAGUGGAAUCACAGUUGCUGGAAGUUCGACUGGAUUAUCCGGCGUUACCCCAGCGCUACUCUCGGGUCCCAAUAUUAUUUAUGUGGACAGCGCUGGAAAUGUGUAUGUAGCAGACUACAUCAAUAAUCGCAUUCAGAAAUGGGCUCCCGGUGCCACGAGUGGAAUCACAGUUGCUGGAAGUUCGACUGGAUCAGCCGGCAGUACCGCAGCGCUACUCUCGAGUCCCAAUGGUGUUUAUGUUGAUAGCGCUGGAAAUGUGUAUGUAGCAGACAGCGGCAAUAAUCGCAUUCAGAAAUGGGCUCCCGGUGCCACGAGUGGAAUCACAGUUGCUGGAAGUUCGACUGGAUCAGCCGGCAGUACCCCAGCGCUACUCUCGGGUCCCUUUGGUGUGUAUGUGGACAGCGCUGGAAAUGUGUAUGCAGCGGACUCGAACAAUAAUCGCAUUCAGAAAUGGGCUCCCGGUGCCACGAGUGGAAUCACAGUUGCUGGAAGUUCGACUGGAUCAUCCAACGUUACCGCAGGGCUACUCAACUAUCCCGCUGCUGUCUAUGUGAACAGCGCUGGAAAUGUGUAUGUGGCAGACACCAACAAUAAUCGGAUUCAGAAAUGUACUUAA